AUGACGGCGGAUUUGAUGCCCCAGCGGCGAGCAAUGAUGAUUCUGUCCAUGAAGAUUGCCAGCAUGCUUAUCGUUGAUGUUCGACGAACAGACUACGAAGGCGGAGCAAUUAGAGGUAGUCUUAACAUCCCAGCUCAAGGCUUCUGGUGGAAUCGAGGUAUGCUCUACGAACUGUGCUACAAAGCCGAUAUCGAAUGGGUGGUCUUCACCUGCGGCUCUUCUAAUGGACGUGGACCUCGCUGUGCUGGAUGGUUCCUGGAACAUGUCCGGAAUACUGCUGAAGACACUGAUAUGCAAGUCAUGGUGCUUGAAGGCGGUGUGAAGGGCUGGGUCAAGGCUGGCCAGCAGUUCACGCAGCUUAUGGAUGGCUAUGAGCCUAGAUACUGGGAGCAGCUGUUCGUGGACGAAGAGCGUUCUAAGGACGGUAAACCUAACACUGGUGGCGAUUCUGCGACACAGACUACUGUUGCUUCAGAGUCGUCGGCAUGA